UCCUAUCAUGGUUUUCCAACUCAAAUUGUUACUACUCAUUGUGUUUGUUGUACAGUUCUCUGCAGCUAAGCCGCCAAGCUUGGUCGAUACCUUCAGAUCAAUCAUCAAACCAAAAGCCGAUAGCACAACAUGGGCCGUUCUGGUAGCUGGUUCAAAAGAAUACUUUAACUAUCGUCAUCAGGCGGAUAUUUGCCAUGCAUAUCAAAUCUUGAAAAAAGGUGGGUUAAAGGAUGAAAACAUAAUUGUGUUCAUGUAUGAUGACAUCGCACAUGAUCCAGAAAAUCCACGGCCCGGUGUUAUAAUAAAUAGCCCCAACGGAUCAGAUGUGUACGCCGGUGUGCCAAAGGAUUAUACUGGCGAAAGUGUGACCUCCGCAAACUUCUAUGCUGUGCUUCUUGGCAAUAAAACCGCGGUGAAAGGCGGAAGUGGGAAAGUUGUAGCGAGCAAGCCUAAAGAUAGGAUCUUUGUGUAUUAUGCAGAUCACGGAGGCCCUGGAUUACUAGGCAUGCCUAACAUGAACACGUCGGACUACAUCUACGCUAAUGAUUUCAUCCAAGUUUUGAAAACAAAGCAUGCGGGUGGAACAUAUGAUAAGAUGGUGAUAUAUGUGGAAGCAUGUGAAAGUGGAAGUAUUUUCCAAGGUUUAUUACCAAAAAAUCUGAACAUUUAUGUGACCACUGCAUCAAAUGCAGACGAAAGUAGUUGGGGCACAUAUUGUCCGGGUUUGACCCCUCCGCCGCCUCCAGAGUUUAACACUUGCUUAGGCGACUUAUACAGCAUUUCAUGGAUGGAAGAUAGUGACUCAAAAGAUUUGACACAUGAAACCUUGCAACAACAAUACUUGAGGGUGAAGAAGAGGACUUUGAAUAACAAUUCAUCAGAAGGAUCUCAUGUAAUGCACUACGGUACCCUAAGCAUAAGAAAAGAGACUGUUUCAAAUUAUCAAGGUUCCGCUACUAGGAAAAUAUCCGCGGAUCCAUUCCAUACAUUUGACACCAUGGGUGUUAUCAAUCAAAGAGAUGUAGAUCUUUAUUUGAUGAGGCAAAAGUACGAGAGAUUAACAGACGGAACACAACAGAAGAAUGAUCUUCUCAAGAAAAUCAAGGAAAUAACGGCAUAUAGGGCACAUUUGGAUAGCAGUGUCAAUAUGAUCAAACGAUAUUUAUUAGGUAGCGGAGAUGGACCCGUGAGAGAUGAAGGAUCAGCCCUUGUGGAUGAUUGGGACUGUCUGAAAUUUAUGGUUCGAACAUUUGAGACGCACUGUGGAUCCUUGACUCAGUAUGGUAUGAAACAUACUCGAACAUUUGCGAACAUAUGCAACAGUGGUAUUACAAAGAAGGCUAUGGAUGAAGCUACAAAGAAGUCGUGUAGCUCGUUUAAAAAGGGGCAGUGGGAUCCUGCAACCUUCGGUUAGAUCGAACUCUUGAUCGGGAAGUGACAAGACCAUUAGACUAAUGGUAGAUUAAAGGAAGGAAUAAGUGGUCUGCUUUGUUAAUAGUUAAUGGAUUUUCAUUUGCAAUAAUAAUG